AUGGUUUUCUUCUCUGCAAUCAGAACAGAAAUCAUCAGAUGCGGUAUUAUAUCUAUAAUCCAGCCACUAAGCAGUGGGCAGCCUUGCCAAAACCCCCAAAAUGCUAUAGAAGCGUGGCUACUGGGUUUGUUUGUAACGACAACACAUGCAUGUGACCCAUACAAAGAUUCUAUCUGCUACAAGGUUGUGCGGUUUGGGAUUCCAAAAUGUUUCAUUGAUAUACAGUCGAUUGUAACAAUUGAGUGCUUUUCUUCUGAAACUGGUGCUUGGAUGACCGUAAAUCUUAUACCCGAUGUGCCUCUUCCAUUGUUCCCAACAAAUGAUCCAGCUGUUGUAAUUGAUGAAGUUUUCUACUGGUUAGAUAUUGGGCCGAGGAUAAUUGCUUGUGAUAUGGUACAAAGACAAUGUUGGGUUAUGAAUUUUCCAGGAGAGCCCAAGGAAGUAUCCUCAAUGUGUCUAGCUGUGUUGAAUGGGCAUCUUCACUAUGGAAUAGCGGACGAUGUAUCCAUUGAGAUAUGGAGUCUUGAGGGCGAUUUUCGCUGCAGAUUGGCUCGAUGGCAUAUGAAGCAUAGAGUUAGUGUUGUGAGCUUAGCUAACAGGUAUCCGGAAAUUUUUGGCUUGGUUGAUAAUCUUAUAAUUAGUGCUGUGGUUGGAUUUCAUCCUGCUGAUGAACACCAGAUUGUUUAUUUAAAUUUGCGCCGUAAAGUGAUCUCCUACCAUAUCGACAAUGGAGUAGUUGAAGUGGUGCAUGAUUUUGGUGUUCCUGAAUGGAUGACAAGAAAUUAUAAGUUCUUUCCUUAUGAAUGGCACGAGUGGCCGCGUGUUAUUUAA